CUCGAACUGAUUUAUAUUCCAACAAGAAUCUACCUUGAUAGGACUCGUAUAUAUCACACGUUGCUUGUUAUUUAGACACUGCGCUAUGGCGUACUCUGCAACCACGGUCUUCCCGGCACUAGUGUGUGCGGAGACGAGAACGCUUUCAUUGCGCUGGAUGGCGUAGACAGAGACACGCUGGAAGGGAUCCAGCUCGAAUUUGUACUCUCGAGCGGGUUUGGCAGGAGGAACAUGUUGAGAAAUGGGAAUAUAGUUGUAGCCUGCAGGCACAGAAACUUGAUGCCGGACCUGAUGCCUCAACUCUAAGCGCGUCCCCUCCACAGCAGAUCCAGUCAGUCCGGCACUUGCAGCGACUUCUCGUUUUGCUUCCGUCUCAAAAUCAUCCAACACGACAGUGGUUGUUACUUCAACGCGCGCUCGCUUGGGAGAGGAGGGUCCAGCUUCAUUGUUCUCUUCUUCAACCACAACCUGCUUCCCGUUCGUGGGUUUCGGCGAGUCCGCUUUGCGUUUCAGCGGUGCCGCAGCUACUGGCUGAUCCAUCGGCAUAGGGUCAUCCUGCCCGGCACCUUCUUCCAGGAAAGAAAACAGAUCGUCCAUCGUUGCUGUCGAGUCCGGAAUACCCGUCGAAGGCGGGCAGGAAAGAGAAAAGUUGGGCGCGUGAUCGGACGCGAGGUCACGUGGGAGUCGUGAUGCUCAGACUCUCACUGCUUCGAUGCGCGCCGCGACAAAUCGCAGGUGGCUCCCUGCGGCCUUCAUUCCGACCCCAACCCCUCCGCUCCUUACCAUUCCAACGCGUCGUGCGCCGCUGGGCAGGUACUAGCACCGAAUUACCACCCCCGCUAACCCCGAAAACAUGGGUGGAUCGAGUCCCCGCCAAAGUCCAGCCCUACAUAUAUCUGUCUCGCGUCGACAAACCGAUAGGGAGCAUACUACUCUUCUACCCAUGCGCCUGGUCCAUCACCAUGGCGUCCUACGCACUGCAGACGCCCUUUACAACACCCCUGACCUACAUCAGUCUCUUCGGUAUCGGGGCGCUCGUCAUGCGUGGGGCCGGGUGCACGAUCAACGACAUGUGGGAUAAAAAUCUGGACAAGGCCGUCGCGCGAACGAAGAACCGGCCGCUUGCCCGAGGAGACGUGACGUAUAGCCAGGCUACUGUUUUCCUGGGGGCGCAGCUCACUGCCGGCCUUGCUGUGCUGCUACAGCUCAAUUGGUAUAGCAUACUUCUGGGCGCGACUUCCCUGUCCGUCGUGGUGCUGUACCCACUCAUGAAGCGGAUCACAUACUGGCCCCAAGCCGUUCUCGGCAUUGCGUUCAAUUGGGGAGCAAUGCUCGGAUGGUCCGCGGUCGGAGGCACCGUGGAUUGGAAAGUUUGCCUGCCGCUCUACGCUGGCGGAAUCUGUUGGACCCUGGUCUACGACAGCAUAUAUGCUCACCAAGACAAGAAAGACGAUGUCGGCGCCGGGAUCAGAUCAACUGCGCUCCUUUUCGGGGAAAGAACCCGGCCCAUUUUAAGCGCUCUGACAGCCACCUCCAUGUCCCUGAUCGGUUUCGCGGGUUACAUGAAUGCCCACGGAGCCCCCUUUUAUCUGGGAGUCUCUCUUGCCGCUGCCCAGCUCGCACGGAUCAUCUAUCGCACAGACUACGACCAACGGGAGAGCUGCUGGAAAGGAUUUGUCGACAGCGGCUGGAGCGGCUUCUGGAUCUGGAUGGGUGCACUGGCGGACUAUGCUUGGAUAAUGCUUUGGUAAUUAUUCAACGUGGAAAAACAACAACAACAAAGACGUAAGAUACAGUUUGCAGCAGGCGUGAAAGGUCGUGAAAUAAAGAUACAGCACACACGCAAGAUCAAGCAGUGUCGCGAUAGGAAACAGCCGGUUUUGACCGCUGCUUCACCCAGGCAUGGAAUCCCACCACACCUAUUGUCCAGCAGAAAGCAAUGCAAGUGAAUGCAACAGCAGCGACAACGAACAGCAUGAUAUCUGGAGGCUCUGAUCAGUUGCGUUUUAGCGUGGAAUGGGUUCGACAUACCAUCCCGGCCCCGGCGCAUCGCAGCGAUGGUGAGCUCCUCGGUGGAGAACAUGAAGCUGAUGCCUCCGGCAGUCAAGAAAAAGCUCGCCAGCGCUUCAGUCGGCGGUCUCGAGGGCAGGGUGGACUUGGGUGGCGAAACCCAAACAAAGAAGUACGUGAUGCAACGCAUGACGGCAAACGCGAGGAGAAGGUUGCCCCAGAGACUGUGGAUCUGCACCUGGAACAGAUAUGUCUGGAAGUGCGCAGCCAUCACCGAUCCGGUGACUCCGAUGACGAGAGCGGGGAAGGGGUUGAAGCUGGCCGUGUAUGUUUUUGGCUCGGAGACCGUCUCCGAGGAAUUGACAGCGAGCCCCGCGAGCCAGCGGCGCACGACCUUGCUCUCGACGGCCAUCCCCACGAGACCGGCGCCCCAGAACAUGAUC